UUCCGGUCUCCUUGAACCCUUCUUCAGGCUUUUUUUCUUUUCUUUUUAUUUUUUAAUCUUUUCCCCGUUCCGUAUCUCUUAUAUAAAGGUCUAUCUGGCAUUUUUCUCUCCUUAUCUGUCAAGAUAAGACAAGAGAUAAGGGAGACACAAACUGAGAAAGGGAACGAUUGAAUUCAGAUAGGCUUAGCCAUGAGAACGAGGAGAGGGGGUUGUUACCCUCCAGUCGGAGACGUCUUUCUGCCCUCGGAAAAGAGAGUAGUGGCAAAGAGGAAAGAUUUCGACGGAGAACCCAUGGCUUGCCGGAAAAGGAAGCGGAUUUCGCCUGAUGUCCCCGGAGAGUCUGACUUAUUCGAUGCCUUGCCUGACGAUCUUGUCAUUUAUAUUCUCUGUAAACUCAGCUCCACCGCUACAUGCCCCUCCGACCUCAUCAACGUUCUGAUAACGUGCAAGAGGUUAAACGGCUUAGGUCUCCAUUCCUUAGUCUUAUCUAAAGCUUCCCAGAAAGCGUUUGCCAUUAGAGCGAAGAACUGGUCGGAGUCCGCUCAGCGCUUCCUGAAACAGUGUGCCGAUUCUGGAAACACCGAGGCCUGCUACACUCUCGGCAUGAUUCGAUUCUACUGUUUGCAUAACCGAGGAAGUGGAGCAUCGAUGAUGGCCAAGGCAGCGAUUAGCUCUAACGCGCAGGCCCUGUACUCCCUGGCCGUGAUACAGUUCAACGGCAGCGGGGGAUCCAAGAAUGAUAAGGAUCUCCGAGCCGGCGUAGCUCUCUGCGCGCGGGCUGCCUUCCUUGGUCACAUCGACGCACUCCGCGAGCUCGGUCACUGCCUACAGGACGGGUACGGUGUGCGUCAGAACAUCACCGAAGGGCGCCGGUUUCUUGUCCAAGCUAACGCCCGCGAGCUCGCUACCGUAAUCUCCUCCUCUGCUGCUUCAGGUGUUCCCACGCGCUCUUGCUUCACUUGGAACCCACAUCCACAUCCACCUCCCCGGAACAUGAGCUGCGGUAGCUGUCCGUUGCUGAGCGACUUCGGGUGCAACGUCCCGGCUGCGGAAGCCCAUGCGGCGAACCGUUUCAUGACAGAGUGGUUCGCCGUUCGGGGAGGGUCUCCGGGUCCGGGUCUAAGGCUCUGCUCGCACAUAGGUUGUGGGCGACCAGAGACUAGGAGGCACGAGUUCCGUCGAUGUUCAGUAUGUGGGACCGUCAACUACUGCUCACGCGCGUGUCAGGCCCUCGAUUGGAAGAUGCGCCACAAGGCUGACUGCACGCCUACUGAGCGGUGGGUGGAUGAUGACGGAGAGGUUGAAGGUAAUGGUAAUGGCGACGCUGAAGAGGGCGACGGCGGAGUGAAUGGGAACGACGACAACGUCAUUGGUGAGAGUUAACUGUAACGUUUACGAUGAAGGAAAGGUUAGGGCAGAUCGGAUCAUGCGGUCCAAAACCUCAAUGAAAAAGUCAGAGAACGAGGAAAAAGAAGAAAUGAAACGAGGCCAAUUUUGGUAAAGUAUUUUUUUUUUUUUUUGUGUGGUUGGGCAGCCUGAAGUUGGAUCUGCUCCCCAGUCAUUUUUAUUUUUAAUUUUUCUUUUUUAUAUAGAGAGAGAAAAGGGAUUUCGGUCCAAAUUGUGGUUGGUCCUUUUCUUCUUCUUCUUCUUGCUUCUUGUUCCUUUGUACCUUUUGUACUGUAGAGAACUCGUCAGCCAUGACUUUCCCCCACAAAAAAGAAAAAGAAAGUAGUCAGCUUUAAAAUAAAGUUGCUCAAUUUUCAGAAA